UGUCGACGUCAACGGUCGGUCCUUUCUGUGAACGCCAAAAUAAAACGUCUAAAAACUUUUCUAUCGGACUCAUAACUCGACACACAUGGCAGCGGCGGGAUAAGGCGGAGAGGGAAGCCGUUUUCUCCGGGCUGUAACGGUUGUUGGGACUCGGUUGUGUUCACGUACCGGAGGAGGCUCCUGUUUCCUCCCCGUCUUUCUUUCCAGGGGUCGCACAGCCGAGACAGAAGAGAGCCAGCGGGCUGGAGCCGUUUAGCCGACCUGCUAGCUAACGUCAAGUUGUAAGAAAGUGGAGAAGACGGCGGCUAAACGGGAGCUUAUCCGCCUACACAGACCUAUGCGACGGAUAGCAGGUGAGUGAUGGAGACGAGAGAGUUGACCGUGGUAGCUGGCAGCUUCGUGGGUUUCCAGGUCCUCUUCUCAGUGGCCAGCCCGCGGCUCUCCUCCGCCAUCACACCAGGAUAUGCACGGCUGCCUCCCACCAAGCACACCGAGUGGAACUCCAGGUUGGUGUCGACUGUGCACGCUCUGAUCGUGGGGUUGUUCUGUCUGUACAUCCUGUGGUUCGAUGAUGAGGUCAACGCCAACCCUGUCUGGGGUGACCCCAGCCUCGUCAAACUAAACGUAGCCAUAACCUGUGGUUACCUCCUUUAUGACCUUGUGCUGCUAGCAUGUAACUGGAGCACUAUGGGAGACAGCUUUUUUGUCUGUCACCACUUGGCGGCGCUCUAUGCAUAUGGAUAUGUGCUGACACGUGGCGUGCUUCCCUACUUUGCCAACUUUCGCCUCAUUUCAGAGUUGUCCACACCUUUUGUGAACCAAAGGUGGUUCUUCGAGGCGUUAAAGUACCCCCGCUCACAUCGGCUGGUGGUGCUAAACGGCGUCGCCAUGGCGGUGGUGUUCUUCCUGGUACGCACUGCCGUCAUGCCAUCUUACUGGGCCAGUGUAUUCGCCACCUUUGGCACUCCAGAAUUUGAGCGGCUGGGCUUGGGCGCCCAGGUGGCCUGGAUCACCUCCUGCAUCGCCCUGGACAUCUUGAACCUUAUCUGGAUGUAUAAGAUCACCCGUGGCUGCUACAAGGUCCUGACCGGGAGGGGAGGACGAAAGGUCAAGGAGGCAGCAGAGAAGGAGUCUUCCCCAGACGGGAAGCACGUCAACAACCACACAGACUAAAGAGAUGUAGAGCAAAGGAUAAGUAGACAUGGACAUGAGCAGGGAGGGAGGCUGGACAUCCAGGAACCUCACAGCCUCUCUCGGCUGCUACAGCCUCAGCGUCCCUCCCUCCAAUCCCCAAUCUCAGCCCUUGAUCUCCUUGUAGUUGGCUAGUGGACCGGGCUAGUCCUCAGGUCCUGACCCCAACACGAGACAAAGAGACUGCUCUUUGACUUGCACAAGCACCAGCCUUCGCAGCCUCAGUGUUAGCCUGCUGGGCGAUAGCUUUUGGUCGCAGACAACAAGGUAGAGCUCACAAGCACACUUUUAACUCCGUCUGUCACUCGCCUCUUUCGCCCCCACCGCCAUUCCUGUCCCAUCUCCCCUCAGUCUCCUCUCACGCUCAACUUCAGCCAAAGCCCAAUCCUCUGAAGUGCCUGUGAAAGACAGGAAAGCAAUAAUUGUGGAGGAAUAAGAUCACAAAGUCUAACAGAGCUACACCCCUUCAGAAGACAACCAUCUUUCGCUCUCGCUACUGCUCCCAAACAACAGGAGGCUUCUCCUGUCGUUUGCACUCCGUCCACACCCGAGGAGACGUGGCGCACAGAGCGACGUCCUCCCCCAUCAGAUCCAUACAGUGUUUGUGAAUCUAUAGGGCUCUUGUCUUAAACUCAUCAGACCUCACAAAGAGACAGAAGAAACACCAUAAUGCCUCUUCUACAGUAUCACCUGCUGUGGCCUCCUUGUAACAAGUGGCGCCUGCCUAUAUCACCAGCCAUGCCCCUCCAACCUCCUUACAAUUUGGAUUAUAUAUUAAGAAUCUAAAUAUGCAUGCAGGAGAGAGAAAGACCCGCUCUCCAACAUCCUUAGCUUGUCACGGGACGAUUUUGCCUUUUCAGUAUUCAUGGUGUUGUUUGUAUUGUCUUAUUUUACACACACUGAUGUCCUUCGCAGUUACGUGUCUAAUUCAGAUCUCAUCCAUUGCAACCCUCUGCCUCACUGGAUAAGGCUCCACUAUCCAGCUUGAACGUUUGGUUUUGUUCUACCUCUCCCCCUGCCUUACAAAGACUUCAACCCCGCCAUCAUGAGUUAAUCAACACUUUCUUUGUUCCUCUUUCCACUGUAAAGAGUGAUUUUAGCCUUUAACGUGUUAUCUGUUGUGAUAUCACUGGUUCAGAGGGACUCCUCCGCGUCUCCUCCGCUUUUUUUUCCCAGCCAGUGCAGUGAAACAGAGCGGCAUCACUUUUCUCGUCAGUGUAUCUUUCUAGAGAAACACCCCCGGAGGCUUUUAUACUUCCUCUUAUCUCCUUUGUUCUCGGUGACUCUGAGAACCUAAUUUGGGACGGGAGUGGAAAAAGUCCACACACACACACAAACACUUGUGGAUGUGUGAACAUUUUCCACUCUCCUCCUCAAGUUUGCACAAGCAGAGCGUAGCGUGCAAACUGUACACUGUAUUUGGUGCCCUUCUUAAACACUGACAUGGUGCUCUUUUGUUUCUGUUGCAGAAUGUCAGCAGUAGGAAUGCUAGCAAUAUGACAUUUUUCAAAAGUUUCUAAUUAAUUUGGAUGUACCGAUCUGUGAUAAGAAUCUGUUGGAAUCAGUGUGGCAAUCUGCAUGUUGUUUUGUUUUCUCUAUAAACUGUAAAUCAUCACUACGGAGCAUGGUAAGACGGACAUAUCUCUGUGAUGCCUUAGCGAAUAGUCGAGAUAGAUGUAUAACAUCUAAAUAUUAACUGCAUUAAUCUGUUGCUUAAAGGGGUUUGUCUUCCAGAUGAUUUUGCCUCUCAGAGCAGACUGACUGCAUGAACUUUGAUUCCUUUCUCCUCUCCCUGCAUGUCUGUACAGUAUAUACACACACAGUAGCUACCUUCUGCGUACUGUAUGGCUAACUCACUAAUCAUCACCUUCACAUUCUCUGUGUGCCACUGGGCAUUACUCGGUUUUACAAAUUCAUUAACUCUUGUCUUUGUACUCUAAUGGCUACAUAGCUGAAUCAUGACAGACAGACAGAGAUACAGGAGGAUGUUUCAGAUUUGUUUUUUGUCACUCUAGAAAUUUAGAAAAGACAAGCUGGCGUGUGUACUCCUGUUUCCUUUUCGCUUAAAGGAGAACUCCACCGACUCAGCAUAUCACUCCUAUAGAGAGGCGAAGCUCCGCCCCUUCCUGUGUCCCCCAUGGGACUUUAUUUCAGAAAAAAUAGAGUCGUUUUUCUGUAGGCCGACGUGAGCGUAAACAUGGCACUGGUACCCUCUUCGAAAUGUCUGAGAUUUUUCAUUUGAUUUUGGAUUAUUGCUGAAAAUAAGCUUGGCGCAAAACAAACGUUUAUGAUACUUCAGCAGGAUUUAAACUUGUGCAGCAGAGCCUACAGCGCUGUGAGCAUUUAUAUUUGUGCAGUGUGUCUGUGUCACUCUGCAGUUACACCUCCAAAACACACAUUAAACACACAUUAAACACACAUUAAACAUGGCUUAAUAGAGACAGUUUCAAACACAAGUACACAAAUCAGCUUCACUAUAACUCGCAGCAUUCACAGACAAACACUUGUCUUUAUCUGGACACAUUUUCCCACAAAUACAACAUGCUAACGUUAUUAGCACAAGCCUAUGGCAUUUUACAUUGUAUAAAUUAGCCUAGCAGCUAGCAGACUUUUCCUCUACUCUACUCCAUUACAACUCACAAGGUUCACUGACAAAACAACUGUCUUAUACUAAACAUGUUUUCCAAACAAAUACAACAUGCUAACGUUAUUAGCACAUAAAUAAAUUAGCUUAGCAGCUAGCGAACUUUUCCUCUACUCAUAUUCCAGCCAGGAUAAAUCACACACAAGACUUAAAAUGCUAUUAUUGUCUACAGAAUUUAUUGUUUCUUAUCUGUGAAAUACAAGUAAAUCAAAGCGUCGACACAGAGCCUACGCCGUAGUUACAGCGUCGAUUCACCACAGAAGUAUAAAUUCCGCCUUACAUGUUUUGUUUAGCAAGAUGAGCACACCAUUUUCAUGAUUAUUGAAGCCUAAAUGCCAUCGCCGGAGGUAAAAAGCUACCAUAAGGCUACUAACGAACUACAUUACAGUCGCAUGACCUAACGUCGCCACCAUAACAAGACUGUACAGCCGUGUUCAGCGCAGCUCAGCGUCAUGACGUUCUGUUGUCUCAUUUAGCCACUGUAACAACUACGUUUUUCAAGACACAUAGAAGCUUCAGCGUUCACAAGUUCACAAGUCACUGAUGAAUUAUAUGUUGUAGAACAAAACGUGACCUUAUUCCAGACAUCUAAACAAAAACUCACUGACUUUGAGACGAGGGAACCAGGAGUUGUAAAAUGCUAACUCAUUUCAGGGUUGUAGGUCUUUCUCUGCACGGUAGUUAAUUGCGAGACUUUUUUUUCCCGUUUGACUUCCUUCAUGGAUUACACAUGAUUUUAAGGAAUUCAGUAGGUCCUUUUGCAAAUAGGGAUGUCAACUCUUAUUCAGUUCACUGCUGAGAGUAUUUUUGAUCGGUUAAUUUUGCUCCUCCUCAGCUUACUGCGCUGCACACCUCCAGGGUCUGCAGGGAGCUAGCUCAACUGAUUCAGAUUUUUUUGUAACUGAGAUUUUGGACCGUUGUGUUGGACAGCGGUUUCCAUCACCGUCAUCAAAACAGUGUGUUCAUCCCUCCAGUGGAGUUCAGAGACUGGUAGAAUCAAUGCCAAGGCGCGUUGAAGCUGUUCUGGUGGUACGUGGAGGCCCAGCACCUUCUUACGACACUUCGUGUUGGUCGGUGGAGUUCCCCUUUAAGUCUUAGCAGUUGGAUGGAUGAUUAGAGUAGUCUGGUGGUGUUUUCACUGUGGAUCUCUAAAGCACACUCCCUGUGGAGCAACGACUCAGCGACCUCCCGCAUCUCUGUCUGUCACCACCGAGGAGGGGCUACAGUAUCUUGUGCCUUUUACACAAAUAGUAGUGGGUGUGAUGCAGUCAGAUUUGGAUCAGCAUGACUUUCUAAUGUAAUCCCCAGUGAUUAUCUCCUCUGUAUUCCACAUGUAUACUCUCUGUAUAUAUUUUUAUAAUCUGCCUGCACAAUGAUUAAUCCGGCCAAGUAUUAUAAUCCAAAGCUGAUCCUGUCGGAGGCCUGUUUUGUGUUGUGCUCUCCUGAAUGCAGGGGCAUGUCUCUAUGAAUGUUGUGAUGGGUGACUUAGUGGCAUUAAGAUGAGCUCACAGCGUCCAAGGUGAUGAGAAUGGAAACUAUAUUUUUUUGACAUAAGCUCUUUAAGAUGUAUAGUUGGCAGGAAGGCUAACAUCUCAAUUCUCCGGCCUCCUAAACUCAAAGCUGUGAAUAGUUGUAGAAUAAAACUGUAAUAUCGUUCCUAAUAAUCUGACAACACUGUGGGAGAUUUCCUGAGACUGGCCGACGCUGAUCAAAGCGCCGCGUGCUUUGAGUUUAGACUGAGACUGCGCUCCGCUGCAGCUCUCGUGCACAAAGUCAAAACUACACACGUUAGAAUCACAGUGUGUCGGACAAACUGAGAGUUUUUGUAUCUGUCAGGGUUUUCUACAGAAUAUAUUUCAAGACCUGAUAUUUGUGCUGCGUCUCACACCCUGGGGCUGUUUGGAAAAUAGACCGGAUGGAUUGAAUUUGAUAAGGCUGCUAUUGAAAGGCCGUGAUCUGUGUUGUAUCAGGUGAGAACGACCACAUUGCCUUUGUUUCUUUGGGGAGGCCAACAUUCAUUAUGUUAUAUAAUGAAUAUAUUUAAAUAUAUAUAUUAAAAAGGUAUACACAAAUGUGUAUAUAUCUGUGAUCAAAUAUUGAAACCAGAUGCACACUGUACUAAUUAAACCUCUGUUUUGGUCGUGUUUGGUGUUAAAUUUGAUGAGUUCUUCACAGAGCUGCAUCACAACCUGGUACUGAGCACUGUACUCUACCGACGAUCGUCUCAAGGUUACACGUGGUACUUGGGCAACUACGAUUUUGGCCCCAUUUCUGUUUUUCUGAAGUAUUUGAUUUAAAGUUCGAUCCUUGGUGUACAAUGAAAUAAGAUGGAUUGAAUUCAGUUUCAUGACGGUGACAACAUUUGUGUAAUGAUUAAGAACGACUGGAAAAAUUGCAAACUCAUAAAUAACUUGACUUUAUUUUUCUUUUGAAUGAUUUGCCAGUUUGGCUUCUGUUCCUUCCCCUUUGUUUUGUCUGUUUUUAUUUUUUGUCUUUUAAUGCAAUGCAAUUUCUUGUUAUGAUCUGUUCAUGUUUUUCUGGAGAUUUUAAUGUGAAACAGCCUACACUACACGCAGGCCUUAGGGUCCUCGUCUGAGCAUUACCUUGUGACUCGGAUUGUCGUCGUCUACAAUGACCACUACUAAUGAUCUUGUAAUUGUAGUGCUGAAAGCUGAGACUUACUUGAAAGUGUUGCUCUUCAAUAAAGUUGAAGACGAGAGAAAA